UGGACAGGCGCUUAUCUUGAAAGUGAGAUAGGACAGUUAGGGAAGCCAAAAAGAAAAAAAAGAAAAAACUGAAGCGGAGUCUACACAGUACUAUUCUGUGACGAUGAUAGUAUUUGCUCGACGCGAGUUGGACUACAGGAGAAAAUCGAACAUGAGAUGACACAAGGAACUUUUUCCGUUUUUUCAGAGCGGCAAAUUUGGAUUUUUCCUGCAUGUUCAACUUACAGGGAUAUCCUGGAGUACCUCAGAGGAAGACAAAAAGACUAAGUGUGUAUGUGUGUGAGGUUGGAAGUGAUCCUCACCGUUCACACAGCCCUUUACACAAAGAAAGGAACGCAUACUUCUUUGUUAAUGAACUCCAAUAACUAGGACUGUCAAUCCCUUGAAAAAAGACACCAUGGCAAAAAACUUCUCGUGUAAGAACCAAACAACAAACGUAACCCUUGACCCGUGUGGAGAUGACGACACACUGCAGGUCCCGCUGGCAGUGAGCUACUCUAUAAUCUUCAUCCUGGGUCUAGUCGGGAACCUGGUGGCUCUGUGGGUUUUUUUCUGCGUCCACUCCAAGAAGAACUCUGUUCGAGUGUUUCUCAUUAACAUUGCAUUUGCAGACCUGCUGCUGGUGGUCUGUCUGCCAUUCAGGAUACUCUAUCACAGCCAAGGUGACAAAUGGAAUCUGGAUCCCACCCUGUGUAAAGUAGUGGGACACCUCUUCUACAUGAACAUGUACAUUAGCAUCACUCUGUUAGGGCUGAUCAGUGUGGAUCGCUACUUUAAGAUCCACCAAAGUGUAGGAAUGCAGCGCAAACUCUGCUCCACAAAGCUCAGCUUCGCCCUGUGUGCCAUCGUCUGGAUUGUGCCCGCUUGUAUCAUUUCAGUGAUGGUGUUAUCAAAGAAUGACUCUCCUCAUGUGGGCAGGUGUUUCCACUACAAGAAGCUGGAUGAGACAAAGUGGAAGGCUUACAUCAACAUGUGUAUGGUGGUUCUUUUUUGGUUAGUCUUCAUCUCUCUCAUGAUGUCCUACGGGAAGAUCGCACUCAAGCUGCUGAGGACAUCACAAGCAAAUCCAGAUCUGCCCAACUCCACUCGCUACACUCGAACCGCCAAGAAGUCCUUCUUCAUCCUCUUUCUCUUCUGCAUCUGUUUUGUGCCCUAUCACGUGGUCAGAGUGUUUUACAUAAAAACGCAGAUCACAGACACUUCGUGUUUCUGGAUGUGUGUCGCUGACAAAACCAACGAGGUGGCUCUGCUGUUUUCUGCCCUCAAUAGCUGCCUGGACCCUGUCAUGUACUUCCUGUUAUCCUCUUCAGUGAGGAAGGAGGUGCUGCGCUUGGUGAACAACGUGAUCUGCUUAAGAGAUGUUACAGGCAUCAGUGGGAGCAGCUCCACUGCUGAGAUGGAUAGUAGAAAUGGGAGGACUGACAGAGAACACCCAAACACCAGUCUAAUUAGUAAUACAAAGAUAGAAAGUGGUUUAUAAAUCCCCACACAGCAGAGCGAUAACUCUACUAACGUAAACAACAUGUAAAUAUGACAGAAGCCAGCAGAAGAAGAGGAGCGUGACAGGGCAGCUGCUGCUCUUGCCUGUGCGCCUUUACUUGGUGCUUACCUAAGAAAAACCUUUGAACUAAGGCUUAUUUUGAAAAGGUUUAGGACGACUUCACAUUAUUUUAUGCAGAGGAAAAGUACUGGCUCUGUUACACUGUAGGGCCUAUGAUUAGUCCUGUGAUUAAACAUUUGUGUCAUGAUGGGAGUGGGCUCUUUCCACUGAACCUCAAUAUAUAAGACUUGGAACGACAGAGGAAUAUCUAUCUUCACCAGAAACUUGGACACGCAGUGACAAGGAACACUGAA